GAUGUAUAAAGUAACAGUUAACGAGUUACAACGUUAAGAAAAAGUUAAACUUAAAAUAAAAUAUCAAACAAAAUGGCUUGCAAGGGAUGUGGAACUAACUGCAAAUGCACUUCAAACAAAUGCGGCGAUAACUGUUGCUGUAAUCAGGACUGCCAUUGUGUUUGCAAGAAUGGACCCAAAGAUCAGUGUUGCGCCAAUAAAAAUUAGAAAAGCCAAAAUGUGAUGUACUAUGGAACACAAUUUCAAUAUUAUGAUAAAUUUUAUAAUAUCAUGAUUAAAUCAUUGUUAAUUUAAAUAAAAUCAU